AUGUACAAUACCAUUCAUACAAUUAGAGAUCAUCAAGGGAACUGGAUUGAUAAUAAAGACCAGGUAGUCGACUUGCUUUCUAGACAUUUUAAGAAGAUUUAUACUUCUUCCAACCCUAGUGUCCAGGAAAUUCAUGAUUCCUUAAGGUUUGUCACUCCUUUGAUUAAUGAGGAUAUGAAUGAAAAUUUGACUGCUAUUCCUUCAGUUCAAGAAAUUUGGGACACUGUUAACAUGAUGGCUCCUUGGAGUUCUCCGGGACCGGAUGGUUUUCCUCCUGGGUUCUUCAAGGAUAAUUGGGAUACUGUUAAAGAGGAUGUUGUCUCUCAUGUGCAAAAUUCUCUGAUCUCUCCCUUCCAAUCUGCAUUUGUUGCUAAUAGGCAGAUCCAUGACAAUAUUGUAAUCACUCAUGAAAUUCUGCAUUCUUUUAAAUCAAAAAAGAAGAAAUCGAAGAAUUAUUAUAUGGCUAUCAAGCUUGAUCUGUCUAAAUCCUUUGACAGGCUUGAGUGGUCUUUUAUCAUUGCUGUUUUUAAAAAGUUUGGUUUCUCUGAUGAUUGUUGCCAGUUAGUCUUUCAGUAUAUCAUCACUGUAUCUUAUUCUGUUUUGGUCAAUGGUUCACCAAACGAUUGCAUGCUGUUUUGUAAAGCUUCUGUCACUUAUGUGAAAAAUAUCAUAAAGGUUAUUAAUGUGUUUGCAAAGGCGUUAGGUCAGGCAAUUAACUUUGAUAAAUCUGGGUUUAUUACUAGUGGGAAUAUGCAUCAUAGACACAUCAAGAUUUUAUCUAAGGCCCUUAACAUGAAGUUUCUCAGUAGUUCUGAAAAAUACUUAGGCACGCCUUUGUUUAUUGGUAAGGAUAAAACUAAGUCUUUUAGUUUUCUCAUUGAUAAUUUAUAUACCAGAUUAAAUUCUACGAAAAAAUCCAAUUUGAACAUAGCUGGUAGAACUGUGGUUACAAAGCAUGUACUUUCUAGUUUGUCUGUUUAUCACAUGGCAUGUUUUACCCUUCCUAAAACAGUUACUAGUAAAAUUGAUUCGAUUCAACGCACUUUUUGGUGGGCUAAAAAGAAUCCUAAGCAUGCUGCAUACUUUCGCUCUUGGGGUGAUAUAGGGAAAUCUAAACUUAAUGAAGGUCUGGGUCUUAGGAAUUCCUUUGCUACUAAUAGGGUUUUCAUUUGCAAACUGGGCUGGAGAAUUUUGAAGAAUCAGGAUAGUUUACUUUCUAGAUUUCUCAAGGAUAAAUACUUCCCUAACCAGAAUCUUCUAGAGAUUGAUAAGGUUGUUGAUUCCGCUUCGUGGAUGUGGAAAGGGAUUGUUCUUCCUCACUCCCCCAUGAAUACUGCUUGUAAUGAAUUUGUUUAUGUGUCUGAACUUAUUGACUAUAAUUAUAACUAUUGGAAUGUACCUCUUUUGAACCUCUUAUUCUCCCCAGAUGAGGUUAUUAGAAUUAAGUCUAUUAGAUUAAAUUUGUCGCAGUCGGACUCGCUUAUGUGGGCUCAUACUAGGAAUGGUAAGUUCACCAUCAAAUCUGCUUACAGAAUUUAUAUGAAUGAUAUUCCUUCUCCUGAAAACUCCACUAUUUGGAGGAAAGUCUGGGAUAUUGAUUGUCUGCCGAAAGUUAAGUUUUUUAUGUGGAAAAUGUUUGCUCAUAUGCUCUCAGUUAAUGCCAUUAUGCAGCUUUACAAUCCUCAUGUGAAUGUUCUCUGCUCUUUUUGUAAUUCUCAUGAUGAAACUGUGAUGCAUCUUUUUGUUAACCGCCCUGUAGUGUUGCGUAUUUGGUUCAGUCUUUCCCUUCAACAUUUGAUAUCUACUGAUUUGGAUUGGGUUGAUGAUAUUUUCUUAUAUUGGCAUGAAUCAAGCCUGGGUGCUUCUCCUUUUAAAGUUGGUUGGCCUAGUGUAGGUGCUAUUGUUAUGUGGUCUAUAUGGAAGCUGCGAUGUGAUGUAGUUUUCAAGAGUGCUUCUCUGUAUAUGAACAAGAUCAUUGUUGAUAUCAAGAGAAUGUUAAAUUCUUACAUUACUCCAAGGAUUACUGUUUUGAAUCUUGUACACAAUGUCAAAAUUCCUCAGUCUAAAGUGGAGAACUUUAUGUUUGUAGAUGGCUCUUUCAAGGAUUUUAAUUUUGGAAUUUGUGUUAUUUGGUGUGAUACUGCAGGGAAUGUAAGAAAGGUGUGCUAG